CUGCUGCAAAGGGAGCACUCUUGCAAGUGUCUCCUGUUUACAUGCCAGAUUCCCCUGCUAGUUCACACAAUGUUCAAAAGGCACAAGUCCCAGGAACGCAAGAGGGAAUUAUUUCAGGGACUUCCACAGUCCACACUGAAGAAUAGUAUGAGAAAUUUCCACUCUUUGUCACAACUUGUCCUCUCAGCAGGCCCGCUAAGAACAACUCGAGCAGUCAAACUUUCAAAAACAACUCACUUUGAGAUUGAAAUACUGGAUGCUCAUACAAGAAAACAGAUAUGUAUUUUGGAUAAGGUAACUCAAACAUCAACUAUUCAUGAUGUCAAACAAAAGUUUCACAAAGCAUGUCCAAAGUGGCACCCUUCCCGAGUUGGCCUUCAACUAGAAUAUGGUGGCCACUUUUUGAAGGACUACAUCACUAUUCAAAGUGUUGCAGCUUCCUCAAUUGUCACACUCUAUUUUACAGACUUAGGUCGACAAGUCAGUUGGACCACAGUCUUUUUGACUGAAUACACAGGACCUCUACUAAUAUACCUUCUUUUCUACUUGAGGAGCUCAUACAUAUAUGAUGUGAAAGAAUGUUCUCAACAUCCUCGACACCCUGUUGUACACUUGGCUUGCUUCUGCCAUUGUAUCCACUACAUCAGACAUCUUCUGGAAACUUUAUUUGUCCAUAAAGUUUCUACAGGACACAGUCCUACAAAAAACUUGAUAAAGGGGUGUGCAUUUUACUGGGGAUUCACUUCUUGGAUUGCUUAUUAUAUUAAUCACCCAAGAUAUACACCACCAUCUUUUGGAAACAGACAAAUAACAGUAUCUGCUAUCAGUUUUUUGAUUUGUGAAGCUGGAAAUCAUUUCAUCAAUACUGUGUUGGCUCAUCCCAAUCACACAGGGAGUAAUGCCUGUUUCCCAAGUCCAAAUUAUAAUCCCUUUACAUGGCUGUUUUUCCUGGUUUCCUGUCCUAACUACACCUAUGAGAUUGGAUCCUGGAUUAGUUUCACAGUCAUGACACAAACACUUCCAGUUGGCAUUUUUACAAUUUUAAUGAGUAUCCAGAUGUCUUUGUGGGCACGGAAGAAGCAUAAGAUAUAUCAGAAGAAAUUCAACUCCUACGUGAAUAGGAAAUCAGCAAUAAUUCCAUUCAUAUUAUAAGAAAAUAUAGCUAUUCUCAUCUGAGCAAGAACAGCAUAAAAUCUCACUAAUAAAGGCUUAGGAAAAGAUGACUAACUAUUACAACAAUUAACAAGCAACAAUAAUUUUAAUAAAAGAAAAUAAUGAUGGAACUUAGCUAAAGUUCCUUUAUUAGCUAGGGGUAAUAAAAUACAGGAGAUAAAAUAGCCAUGAUGAGUCAUGCUGAAUAACAGCACACUAAAACUUGAAUCAGAAUGUCUGCCCUGAGUGUGAAUCCAUACUAGGCUAUGAUGGAGAACCCAUCUUACAGUAAAAAAUGAGAGGCUAAAAACUGAAGUUAUUAGUAUAAAUACUAAAAAAUAGCUCUGAGUAACUGAUAUGAGCUUGAUCUUAAAAUAAAUUGUCGCAUAGCAUGAAUAUUUUAUAGUACUUUCAUAAGGUGAUUGAAUUAUCUGCUUUCUGGUCUGGUGAGCUUUUUUUUUCUUUUCUCCUGAGAAGUUUCCAUAUUGUAUUUGAGCCUUAGAGAUGUCUUUUACUAUUCCCUUGAACUUUGCAACAUUUUGGGGGGAUUGGAAUUUUUCUAGUUUUACAUUGCUAUAAGCUUAAACAUUUUUAAUGGGUGGAUACAAUUGGCGCUUAAGAAAUGUCAUCUUUCAUUUUUUAUAAAGCUACACUAAAGCUUGAUAGAUGCAUCUUGGUUUUAAUAAUGAAAAAAUAGUAUAGGCCAUUUAAAUACAAAGAAUUUAAAGUUACUAAUGAAAACCAAUUAAAUGAAUGUACUGAAAACAAAACUAAGUGCCGUGUCUGCUGUGCAGCCUGUGUCCGAGAAUGUGAGGAGGGUGUCAGGAUUGAUGACACAGAGACCAGUCAGUGGUGCAAAGAAAACUUCA